CUUUUUAAAAUUAUGCGCCAUUUUGCAUUGUUCGAAUGAGUCUCACUCAUCCUUGACCCCCUUGUGUAUGAUUUCACUACGACGUACGGCGAAUGCAGCGCUUCCAGGUGGAACGGAUCCAAACUAAGGACGGUGCUAAACUUCAAGCAAAGGUCUUACGGCAGCCAUGAACGCCGGAUCGGACGCCUGUGAUGACGAAUAGCUGGCCUCUUAAAUUUUAAAUCAUUUUGUCCAAAUGCCGAACAUGGAGCGCAAAAUUAAACUAAAAACGCUGAACAGCCACAUCACCUGCAAAAUCUGCAGGGGCUAUCUGAUCGACGCAACCACGGUCACCGAGUGCCUGCACACCUUCUGCAAGAGCUGUCUAGUGAAGCACCUGGAGGAGAACAACACAUGUCCCAGCUGCCAAAUCGUGAUCCACCAGUCGCACCCGCUGCAGUACAUCAGCUUCGACCGCACCAUGCAGGACAUCGUGUACAAGCUAGUCCCGCGCCUGCAGGACAAUGAGAUGGAGCGUGAGCGCUCGUUCUACGCUUCCAAGGGGCUGCCCUGCCCCAAGGACGUGCCUGUGGCUGGCGCGGAGCACGACACAGCCACCACCAAGGCCGAGGUGGACCAGCACGCGGCUGCUGACUACCACAGGCAGGACGACCAGGUCAAUCUGCAGCUUGAGUGCAUGACCAGCAGUCUGAAGAAUCUGAGCCGCCGCUUCAUCAGGUGCUCUUCCUCUGCCACCAUCAGCCACCUCAAGAAGUUUGUUGCUUCCAAGCUACUCGUGCCUGACAAGUACAAGGAGCAACCCUUUCAGAUUGACAUUUUCUGCAAUGACGAACUUCUGGGCAAGGACCACACGCUCAAGUUCGUCUUUCUAACGAGGUGGAGAUUCAAGGAGCAGCCCAUCAAGCUGCAGUACAAGACGAGCACCAUUGACUUUUGACCCAGUAAGCGCCACCCGCCGAGACAAAUGCUGGUCGUGUGGCAGAAGAAAAAGAAAGAUGACUGACUCCAUAAAGAAAGUUUGUGAUUUGAUCUCUUCAGUUCGGUGACAAUAGUUCCGUGCAAAGAAGCGGGCGACGUGUAAAUACCGUGCAAAGUAUGAGACUAAAACUAAUCAACUCCUUUGGUACAUUUUAUUAAAUAAAGUGGCUGUUUAAUUAAAUGCAAAACUAAAA